UCUCUUUACUGGUCUAUGCGGAGGUAAAGGUAAGAGCGUCAUUGUCGCGCAACCGGUAAGAGGGGACAGAGUAGACUUGGAGAGGCCUCUCGUGUUGGCUAUAAGGUAUUAAGUUGUGCACAUAAAGGGUAUUCGCAUUACCUAUUUCAUUAUUUCUGUCACUAAGAAGCGUAUCUUUUGGCAACAUAUUUGUCGACGUGCACGAUGACGACGGUGAACGUUGAUACUAAAACUGCCGAGAGGGUCUGUCCGAUGAAGAUGCCCAGCUACUCCUACAACUACCCGUCCCUGAGGAAGGUCCAGCUGGCCGCUGUGAAGGAAGGCUUGUUCCACCCAAACCUCCCGACCUUUCGCCGUAUGGACAUGGACACGGCUGGACAUAAACUCCCGGAUGAACACUGCAGGACAACGACAAGCAGUGGUCCAGUGGACUUCAGGCGAGCGACCACCACACUGUUCCAGCCUCCCAAGCAGCGUAUGUCCAGCAUGAAUGUCACGGACACAGGUCGCGAGCUCCACAGAUACUACACAACACCAGAGGAAUUAACGAAAACCCGCCAACAAUGGUCGGACUUUCUCAACAAGUCUCCAGAACGCUAUGAUAUCCAGCUUCCAGAGCUCCCGGCAAACAAAGACCUCCAUUUCAUGGGAUAUGCUGUGCGGUACCUUCGCCCUGAGGUCACAAGGUCAUGGAGGUACACACUGAGGCAAGAACCAAUGAUGGAUCAGUAUGGACAGCGGCCAAUGCCAGCGAAUGUCUUCGCCCGCUACCGUGACACGUACCCUCAAUACAGCAGGAACAUCGCAUCCGAAGCCUGGCGUUAACACCGUUACCGCUUCGCCCAUCAUGUCAUUUAUUUAUUCAUCAUUUACUUUUUUUAUUUAAACAAAAAAAAUGUUAUAACGCCAUUUUUGUUAGUCUGUAACUGUUUGGUUUAAGUCAUACGAAUUUAUUUACUUCGAUAUUAACCAUGGGGGGACACGUAUUGUUUGGAAGAAACCAAGUAAUUUCUGGAAUUACAUCAAAAUUAUAUUGAUAAGGUAGUUUAUUUAUGUAACCAUGGUAACCGUGCAUUACGUGUGAUUACAGUUUCAAUUACAAAUCAUGGGAAUCAGGUGCGUGAUGCCUGGAUAUAACUACACCAUAAUAUACAUUCACAGCCUCAAAGUCGAUGCCAAUAUCAAUUUUCACCUCUCCUUUCGUUGUACACGGAUAAUCAUGUACUGGAAUAUUUCGUAUUUAUCUGAGGUAAAAUUAUGUAUUUGAGAUCAUAUGCUUCUGUGUAUUCAGUCAAAACUGUAUUAAGCCAACGCCCGUGAACAGUAUUGUAUUGAACGUCAGUAUUAAACGACUGUAUUAUUUAUUACAAUUCUAAGUCAACGCUAUCGGAACAGUAUUGU